UCUACCGCAGUUGAAAAUACUUGGGAGCGGAGCUUCAAUAAUUUGCUUGAUUUUAGCGGUGUAAGUCCCUCUCCAGCGGAUACGGUGACAAUUUGACUGAAAAACAAAACUAAACUCAAUUCAUUUUAUAUACAAACGUCUCAAGAAGGUCUUAUGUGCUCCUCGCCGUGUCAUCUCCGACUGGGAGCGCUCAGUGUUGCCGGCGUUGAGCCUGUUUCAGCUGCACUGCAUCAACAUGGGUGUGAUCGGUGUGCAGCUGGUGGUUACCAUGGUAAUGGCCAGCGUGAUACAAAAAAUCAUACCUCAUUAUUCCUUUGCAAGAUGGCUACUCUGCAGUGGCAGUCUCCAGUGGUUUCAGCACCCUACGGAAGAUGAGUUGAGGAACCUUGCUGGGAAACAGAAGGGACAAAAGAGGAAAGACAGGAAGUACAACGGUCACAUAGACAACAAGCCGCUAACGGUUCCCAAGGACAUCGAUCUUCAACUGGAAACAAAAUACAUCACGGAAGUCGACACAUUAGCAUUGCACUACUUCCCAGAAUUCCAGUGGGUGGUUGAUUUCACAGUAGCGGCAACUGUGGUCUAUCUCAUAACAGAACUCUACUACAGUGUGGCUCAGCCCUCAGGGGAGAUGAACAUUAGUGUGGUUUGGUCCAUGCUAGUGCUUGCCUUUGUCGUUAAGAUUCUCUUCUCUCUGACGACUCACUACUUUAAGCUAGAGGAAGGAGGCGAGCGAUCAGUCUGCAUCACAUUCGGCUUCUUCUUCUUUGUCAAAGCCAUGGCCAUUCUCAUUGUCACAGAGAACUACCUGGAAUUUGGUCUGGAAACUGGUUUUGCAAGCUUCUCUGAUAGCGCACUACAGUUCCUGGAACACCAGGGCUUGGAGUCGCAGGGUCCCAUUUCAAAACUUACCUUCAAACUAAUCCUCGCCUUUCUCUGCGCCAUGAUUGGAGCGUUUCUAACCUUCCCAGGUCUGCGAUUGGCCCAGAUGCACCUCGAUGCACUAAAUGUGACCACAGCCAAAUUUACACAAACUUUACUUCAUAUCAACUUCCUGUCCCCACUCAUCAUGGUCCUGCUGUGGGUGAAGCCCAUUACCAAGGACUACAUAAUGAAUCCCACCCUGGGAAAGGACAGCUUGCCUUUGAUGGCUGAGCAGACGUACGACACACUGCGGUUAUGGAUCAUCGUACUGAUGUGUGCACUGCGGCUGGCGAUGAUGAGGCAUCAUUUGCAGGCCUACCUCAACCUGGCGCAGAAGGCUGUUGAGCGGAUGAAGAAGGAGGCGGGCCGAAUAAGUACUGUCGACCUGCAGAAGAUGGUCGCGCGGGUUUUUUACUACUUGUGUGUAAUCGCACUACAGUAUGUGGCACCGCUGGUGAUGCUGCUGCAUACAACUUUGCUGCUAAAAACCUUAGGUGGACACUCGUGGGGGUUCCAUAUCGAAGAAGAGGUGCCUUGCACACAUCAGAUGGACUCUAUGCCAGGGGAAGUGCCAACAGCACCCCCGGUGGUGGAGGAGAGUGCGCGGGCAUCCGUUGCCCAACUGUCGAUGGCCCUGGGGGGCCUGAAGACUGUCUUCAGCCCCUUACUUUUCCGGGGCCUCUUCUCUUUCUUCACGUGGUGGAUCGCCGCCUGCCUGUUCUCCACCUCCCUCUUUGGCCUCUUCUACCAUCAGUAUCUCAUGGCGGCGUAAAGCAAGGGCCAUCACCUCGCAGCAGUGACUGACCAUAUCAUCGGAACAAUUGGUUCUACUCCCAGUGCUUCCUCCACAGAUGAAAACUGUUUUUACAUUCACUCCUUUUUUUUAUCCACUUCCCAAGAUUUCUUAUAUGUAGUAACAAUCACAAUCUAGCAACUGACAGAGUAACAACGGAGGUGUCCUUGUUUUUUUUUUUUUUUCUUGACGUGACAAAAUUCCGUAUUUCAUGCUGGUUACGACACGGUUACGCAAUCAUCAGUUUUUAGGUUUGUAUUUUUAACAUAUAUUAUUCACAUGAAAAUAUGACUGAAUCUGGAGGUUACUCUGGGGUAUACACACCUAAAGUCACUGAGACAAGCUUCCCUGCUUGGGCAAAUGUCAAUGCUGACAGACUAAAAAUGUUUGAAAGAGUCAGAUGGAGCAAGAGGAAGGAGCCAAUCUGCUAAAAAUGGUUAGCGGUGUGUGUGUGUUUUGUGUUUGAGAGACACAACCACAACUUGAGUUACGAGGCUUGAGCUCGUCCAGAGACGUUUGUUUGAAUGUGUCCAAAAGAAGUUCAAGUUGAAGACGUUCCGAAGAUGUUGAAAACGGGCAGCGUGAACUGAGCCAUUCUGAAACACGAGUGUGGAGCUCUUUCAAAGCAGCUGUGACCAUUUUAAAAGGGAGGGAGGUGGCUUGAUGUGCGAUCAAGAUGUGUCGGCUACUGUUGUUGAUGCGAAAAAUGCCUUUGUUUUCUUUUCUUAGGCUGUUUUUGUUACUCCAAUCAAUUUUUUUUUCUCCCCCCCCCCCCCCCAUUUGAGCUUUUCUAACAAAUCAAGUUGAUUUCAUCAAUGGUGCCAAGUGUUCCUUUGUUCCCAUGGCUGUCUCAAACCACAUCCACACCUUAAGGGCCUUACAAGUUCUCUCGAUCUACUUUUCUUGAAGAAUUGUGUGAUGUGUGGUUUUGUGUGCGCAUGACGAGACCGAAGUGUGUCUCUUUGCGAAGCUCAUACAAAUGUUCAAACCUUUCAACAAAGCAGAACACAAUGUCAACACUAUUGAGUUCCCAACGCAUUUGUUACAUGGAACUUUUAAGUUCAGUUGUCCAGCGGGAGACAUGCCGCCUCAUAUCACAUCGUUACUUUGACACAAUGGGGAAACAAACUUAAUGAAUGUAUCAAGCCUGCCUGAUUUGUGAAAAUGAAAAUGAUUUGUAUGUACAAUUUAUUUGAUUUCUUUUCCCUCUAGCCUCCUCACGCUUCCUUUUUGCCAUUUUGCUACAAACUUAAUGUAGUCACAAUUGUAUUUGUCUUAAUGACUGUUUUAAUUGAUUUCUUUGUAUUUAUUAAAGACGACUAGGCCUGUAAACAUUUUUGAUUUUAACACAAGGUCUUGCUUAAUGACUUGAAUCAGUUCUGUACAUGUUUUGACAAAUAUUUGUCUUUUAGUGUGACCUGUUCAGGUGGGAAGUAGCUGAGAUAAUUUCAGGAUUCACUUUUCUUCAGUUCAGUACCACUAAAAGUGUUGCUUUUUAUUCCGUUUCAUGGAUUCAUAAAGUAAUGCACUGAUGUUGUUCCUUCACGUAUUUAUUUCAGCAUCGGAAUUUGUCUUUGAAUAAAUUAUGUCCUUUACUUUGUGAA